AUGGAGGAGGACCACGUGUCGCUGCGCUCUGUGUGUGUGCGCGCUUGUGUGUGCGUGUUCGUGUGUGUGUGUGUGGCCUGUGUGGUCCCCCCACGCUUCGCCCUCCUGUGGACACAUUUCUACUGGGUAAACGAGAAAAGUGGAGUUUUCUCGGCCUGCGUUCGCGUGCGUAAAAGUGGCCCCUGUGCGUGGAUGCGUGCUGUAGUUCGGGCGCUCGCGGAGGUCUUUGGUCUCGCGCUACUUCCUGUGAGGCCACGAGGGGGGUGUCCGGAAAGCGGCAGGCCUGGAGAUCACAGCCACAGCGCGUGGUUUGACGUUUUGGAACAGAAGCGUGUUCCGCCGCGUCACACGAGCCUCAGCGAACUCCUGCAGUCACGAAGCUGGAGAAACUAUUGA